AUGGCCGAGGGCGGCGGGGGCGCGCGGAGGAGGGCGCCGGCGCUGCUCGAGGCGGCCCGCGCGCGCUACGAGAGCCUGCACAUCUCGGACGACGUGUUCGGCGAGUCGGGCCCGGACAGCGGCGGGAACCCCUUCUACAGCACGUCUGCCGCCUCGCGCUCCUCCUCGGCCGCCUCCUCGGACGACGAACACGAGCGCCCCGGCCCCCCGCCGCCGCCCGGCGCCCCGGACGCGCAGGAGCCGGAGGAGGACGAGGCCGGCGCGGGCUGGAGUGCGACGCUGCUGGACCGCCCGUCCCCGCGCUUCGAGGACACCGGCGGUCCAACCCGAAAGAUGCCCCCCGGCGCCAGCGCCAUGGACUUCUUCCAGCUCUUCGUCCCGGACAACGUGCUCAAGAACAUGGUGGUGCAGACGAACAUGUACGCCAAGAAGUUCCAGGAGCGCUUCGGCAGCGACGGCGCCUGGGCCGAGGUGACGCUGACAGAGAUGAAGGCGUUCCUGGGCUACAUGAUCUCCACCAGCAUCUCCCACUGCGAGUCGGUCCUCAGCAUUUGGAGUGGCGGCUUCUACAGCAACCGGAGCCUCGCCCUCGUCAUGAGCCAGGCCCGCUUCGAGAAGAUCCUCAAGUACUUCCACGUGGUGGCCUUCCGCUCCAGCCAGACCACGCACGGCCUCUACAAGGUCCAGCCCUUCCUCGACUCCCUGCAGAACGGCUUCGACUCUGCCUUCAGGCCUUCCCAAACCCAGGUGCUACACGAACCCCUGAUUGACGAGGACCCUGUGUUCAUCGCCACGUGCACGGAGCGGGAACUCCGAAAGAGGAAAAAGCGGAAAUUCAGCCUCUGGGUCAGGCAGUGUUCCUCCACUGGCUUCAUUAUCCAGAUUUACGUCCACCUGAAGGAAGGCGGGGGCCCCGAUGGGCUGGACGCACUGAAGAAUAAGCCCCAGCUGCACAGCAUGGUGGCCCGAAGUCUGUGCCGGAACGCGGCAGGCAAGAACUACAUCAUCUUCACGGGGCCCAGCAUCACCAGCCUGACCUUGUUUGAGGAGCUGGAAAAGCAAGACAUUUACUGCUGUGGCCUGCUCAGCUCCAGGAAGAGUGACUGCACCGGCCUGCCCCUGUCUAUGCUGACGAGCCCGGCCACCCCCCCAGCCCGGGGCCAGCACCGCAUCAAGAUGAAGGGGAACAUGUCUCUGAUCUGCUGGUACAACAAAGGGCACUUCCGCUUCCUGACCAAUGCCUACUCGCCGGUGCAGCAAGGAGUGAUCAUCAAGAGGAAGAGUGGGGAGAUCCCCUGCCCCUUGGCCGUGGAGGCGUUUGCUGCCCACCUUAGCUACAUCUGCAAGUACGAUGACAAGUACAGCAAGUAUUUCAUUUCUCAUAAACCGAACAAGACCUGGCAGCAGGUGUUCUGGUUCGCCAUCAGCAUCGCCAUCAACAACGCCUACAUCCUCUACAAGAUGUCCGACGCCUACCACGUGAAGAGGUACAGCCGGGCGCAGUUCGGCGAGAGACUGGUGCGGGAGCUGCUGGGCCUGGAGGAGGCCUCGCCAGCCCACUGAUGAGGCCGCGGCCGG